AUAUAUACCAUCACAAUGAAACAUCUCUCUCUAUAUCCUCUCUUAUAUUAUUGUUCUCUACUUUCUUUUUAGCACAAAUAUUAACCCGUAAGGAGUAUUUAUUGGGUAUAUUACUGGAAGCAUGUGAGGUGAGCAGCGCACCCCUGCAGAAUACGAAACGGCAAACCUCAGGCUACAAAUUUGCAAAUGAAUCUGCAAAUUUGCUUGACAAAUUCAUCUACGUAACUUCAAAUACUACAUAUAUAUGUAUUGUUAGUGAAUUCGUGUUAGCUAUUAUUAUUAUUAGCUAUCUUAUGUACAUAUUUUAUUUGUAACAUUUUAUUAUGCAUGUACGUACGUAGUUGUAGAAUUAGAAUAGGAAAGAUUUAGUCAUUAAUAUUUUUCCUUUCUUUUCUCCUUUGAAAACGCAUAGCAGUACUCGGUACAAGGAAAGCACCGAUACCCACAACCUGUAUAUAUUGCUGGCUUCCUUCUCAUUGAAGGGCAGAUCAAUAAUAGAAAAAUUCUCCCCAUAUUUGCUACUAAUUUUACAUGGUAUCAGAGCGUCGAUCAGGGACCAACUGAUCACGUUGCUGCAACGAGGAGAUGGCCGGCGAAACAGGGAGCGUUGGUGCAGGAAAUCAUGACCAUGGUGAGCGACGGAAAAUUAACGAUCCCUCCUCACCUUACUACCUCUCCAGUUCGGAUUUUCCCGGAUUGCAUAUUUGUGCCGUCACCCUUAAGCACUACUAGAAAAAGGACUUUUAAUCAUGAAAAAAGUUGUCGUUAUAAGCCCAAAAGUUUGUCGUUAAAGCUUUUAACGACCAAUAUUUUUUGGUCGUCAAGUGGUUGUUAUAGCUUCCCUCGUUAU